AUGGAUACGACGGGAUUUAGCCAAGUUGGACGCUACGGCACGCUUAGCUUGCUCAAAAAGCAGAACGCGACGGCAGCUCCACCAGCAGGAGUGGAGUCUGAUGGCAAACCAAAGGACAUGGCAUCAAGCCCACCGCCACAAGUUAUAACAUCUUUUGGGAUCGAUUCCGCCAAUCUGACCUUUGGGAGCUCUUUACAAUGCGAUGUUAGGUUGUAUUACCCCACAGUGGACGCUGUACAUUGCAGGCUCAUCAACGAGGAUGGAAAGGCAUUCCUUGUCGUACAAGGCAAGGCAGGUGCUUUUGUUGACGGCGCAUGGGUAUACCCCAGCACGUCAUCGUCGUCUUCGAGCAGUGCCUCAGCAGAGACACAACAAACAAUCACUCCACUAGUCAACAACUCUGAGUUUGAGAUUCACAGCAAACGUUUCCGAUUUACAUACCCACCUAAAGACGUACGCAAAGUUCUUCUAGCCACUCCAGUUGCUCAGAGAAAUCGUACCCUACGCUUGUCCAUGAUUCAAUCGGCACAGGUGUUUAGCCCCCGACCUUCAAAGGACCCUAGAGAGAAUCUCAAAAUCCUACAAAGUCCCAUUAAGACCAGCAUCUUCGGUGUCGGCAGCACCCUCGACGCCAACGGAUGGGAUCGCAGCACAAGCCCAAACAAGCCAAGAGCUGUCUCACCACUCAAAUUCGGCAUCGGACCAGAUGACAAUGACUCCAGCGACGAAGAAUCUGACGACGAAGAUGUCCAAAACGAUGCUGAGGGCGAACCCGAGGAAGACCAUAUUGUGCUUGUACACACAAACCAUCCUCGUGUUGUGGAAGAAGACCGCGACCUCGUUAUCUUGGAGGACGUUCCCCUGCAUUUGGUUCUACCCUCCCCUUCAGUCUAUGCCGCAGGAACACCUAGCAAGCCUGUACGGGCAGGCCCACCCGGGACACCAACUCCAGUAAUAGCACAACCUGUUCCUCAUCUCGUUCAACCCCAGCCGCCACGCACGCCACCACGUCGUAAAUCUCUGGGAGGCACAGCACUCCAUCGUGCCGUCUUGAUAAGAUCUGCACAGCGGGCAGUGUGGAGGGCCGAAAAGGAAAGAGAGGAAGAGGAAGAAGAGAUGGAGGUCUUGGACGCUGUCGUUGCCCCAGGAGGCAAGCGGAACGACGACGAUCUAGCUAUGGAUGAUGAUAGCAGCGAAGAAGGAGAGGAAGAAGAGAAUGCACAAGAUGUUGAGAUGCGCAAUGUGAGCGACGAUAGUGACAGUCUUGAUAUGGACACCGACUCUGCGGAAGAAAUGGAGGAGGAUGAUACGGAGAAGGAUGAGAAAGAAGAGAAAGAAGAGGAUAAGCCUCUCUGGAAGAAAGGUCUUGAGCGCAUCAUUCCUUGGCCCUUCAGUGCUAAGAAAGAUGGUGAGGAACAAGAAGAAAAGGCAGAAGAACAUCAGCCUGAUGUAGAAGCCGCGGAGGACGAACGCACGGAAGAGGAAGAAGAAGAGCAUGAUGAGGUUCCAUCUCUACCACUAGCACCCCAACCUCGGGCUCAACAAACUCCCAUACGGAGGGUUCUAGGAUCUUUCAUGACCCCGCAGGCGCGUCCGCCUGUGCAGCUACAGAGAAAGACUAUUUUCCCCUCCACAACUACUACCACAUCCAAUGCAUCAGAAGCUGCUGGGUCCGCACCGGCGGUUACAGCUGCGCCCGCACCAGUAGCUGCCCCAGCCCCAGGUCCAGGAAGGUAUUCUCUGGGCGGCGGCGAAGCGCGUCGUGUUGUUGUCCAACAACCAUGGCGCGUCAAGGACCUAGUCGUCCCACCCAUCGUCGCCCCUGCCUCAUCCACACCCACCAGCACGCGUGCAAUGGACCCUCCAAGUACACCAAACGCUGGAACACCCACAGCCGAACUCCCUGCAACUUCGUCAAGGAUCACUUCUGCCCGUCCUUCCAUUACAGCAGAGGAGCGCAAGGCGAUCCAGGAGAGGCGGCGCAGCGCUGUGCGCGAAGUGCGCGAGGACAGUUUCUGGAAGGACGGUGCGCCUGGUAUGAGCCCCUCAAAGUCUCGUCCUGGAGCAGUGGCGGCUCCUGGCUCGUCACCUACGAAAGCGCCGCCGGGCUUGGGGCUCGGCAGGCCCUCAUCCUCUGGUAUAACUACAACAGCGACUCCCAGGAGAGGUGUACUUGGCUCGCCUACCAAGGGCCGUUCGCUGGGCUACGCCAUCCCCGAAGCGGAGGCGGACGAAGGGCAUUCUAUAUUCCUCGACAAACCUUCCGAUCCUAGCUCUAAUGGCAAAAGUGAUCCUACGCGUACCGCUAGCAAAGAAAUUGACGACGAAGCCGAAACAACGACUGGUCUGUUCGAGCGCAUGCGCGAGACGGUGGAAGAUAUGAAACGCCGACGUAGCAUCGCGACGCUCUCGACUCCACGGACUACCUUAUUGGAUGGCGAAGGCACAGGCCCCACGCCUGCUCCUGGCUCUGCGUGGCGAGAAUCUGUUGUUCGCGAGAGCGUCAAGAAACUUGACUUCACCAAGAUAACACCUGCUCAGCCGAGAAAAGGAAACGGAUUACUUGCUGGAUCUUCGUCCGCUAUUCCCUCAACCUCUGCGAGUGCUGAGGCCGAGGCUACGCCAACAGCGAGAGCUCAGGCCGAAUCUUCAUCAUUAUCGAUCUUUACAAAACUGAUGGAGGAGAAAGAGGAUGAAGCAAUAGCUACAGAAGGUGAACCUGAGCAAUUCACUCUCCUUCGCCCUGGAGCUCGAGCAUCUUUAUCAUUGUCUCCUGCCAAACGCUACGAAGUCGACGCAACUGCACCAACAGUGAGAGUUAAGAAAGAAAAGAAGGAAGAAGAGGUUGAUGUAGUGAUGCAGAGUGUUCCCACUGUUGUUGUCGAGCCUGUUGAAGAUGCGGAACAAUCUCCCAUUGAAUCAGAAGAGGCUGAACCGGAGACUAGAACUCGUGGAAGAACCAGGGGUCGACCAAGGUUACUGAGAGCACCUAAAGCUCGGGAAGAAGCCACCGAUGAUCAAGCUGAUCAGGAUGAACAAGAGGAUUCUGUUGUGCCCAAAUCCAAGUCAUCAACCAAACCACCUUCAAGCAGCAAACCUCCUUCAUCAUCCAAGCCUCGAUCAAGAACGGCGAAAUCUAAAUCGCCAGCACCUCAGUCUCUCGAGCCAGAAGCUUCCGGCUCUGGCCCACAUAGACAUCGUUCGAAAACUCCUCAACCUCGUUCUGCAGACACCGAAGAAAUGGAUACGACGCCUGACGCAGAUAGCGCCGAGCAGUCAGCAACACGUUCUGCAGCCAGGCGGACGACAACCCGGAGGGGCACUGCUGAGCCGGAGGAGCCUGUCGCGAGACGCUCGACUCGUAGAGGUACCGCUGAGCCUGAAGAACCUGUUGGUACUGCGGCCCCCGCGAAACGUGCUACUAGGAGAGGAACAGCUGAACCGGAAGAGCCUGCUGACGUGGCUGUUCCUUCGAAGAGGAAAGGCAAACGAACUGAAUCUGAAACUGAGCCAGAAGAAAUUGAGGUUGAACAAGAGGCUGAUGAAGAAGUUGCUGAGAAGGUUAAGCCUACGCCUAGACGGGGCCGGAAACCCCGCGUCAUUGCUACUCCGGUGCCUACUGCUAUCCAGGAAGAAGAUGAAGCAGAGGAAGCUCCCGCACCACCGCCAACAGCCAAGAGAGGUCGCCCGAGAAAAGUCGCUGAACCUACUCCUGUACCGGUAACACGGACAGCUCAAGACGACGAAGAUGAGUUCGACUCAUAUGAAGUUGCGGCUCCCACUGCUGCCGCACCAGCGGCUUCAACGACUGCUAAGAAAGCUAGCAAGAUUCCAGGGCGCAUUCCUGCACUCGCCCGAGGCAGGAAGGCAGCCGAGGCAACCCCUACUGUGCAUCCCGAGCCCGAAGUCGAAGAGGAGACAGAAGAGCCGGUGCCAUUAGCAGCCACUCGCGGCGGAAGAGGUGCUCGUGCCAACACCCUCAAGACACCCGCUGCAUCCGAGUCUCGAAAAGCCAAAACACCAGCGAGCAAUCCUACGGCCAGCAACACCAACCCCGCUGCGGCUAUCGGGACAGCCAACAGAAUCCGUGGCCGGCCUAAGACGCCUGCCUCUGCGCCUGCCGCCGCCACCACGUCUGCUUCCGCUGGUGAUGGGGAAGAGAAGGAGAACGCGCGCACUAGCAAUGGGAAGUCGGGGUCCGGGUCGUUGGAUGCGAGCGAUGACGAACCUGUUGUUACCAAGGUCAGAGUGUCUAGGAAAACCGGAGCCGCAGCGACGGCUGGGUCUGGCAGAACUACGAAAACUGCUGGUGUCACCAAGAGCACGGGCAAGACGAAGCCCAAGGCCGAGCAGAACGACGAAGAUGACCGACUGGGAGCUGAGACGAGUGUGCCUGCUGCAGGUAAACCAAAGACCACGAGGAUCAUGCGCACGAGGACCAAGACUGGCUAA